AUGUGUUCAGCUGUGUGGAAUGCUUUCACUAAGUCCGAGUGUGGAACUCGGGCAACUUGUGACAUAUGUUUCAAAGGCUAUUCGAAUUCAGGAAAUACGACAAAUUUAUGGAAUCAUUUAAGUAGUACUCACAAAGCUGAAUACCACGAACUAAGAAAUUCAAAGAAAAAAGAUCAAAGCAAUACUAUGAUCCCGGAAAACGAUACACUUGAAUUAACAUCAUCACAAGAUACAUUAGAAUUAACUGAUUCGUCCUCCUCAGAAGUACCAUAUAAUAGUAACUGUCAAAAUAAUGUAACCAAGAAGUCUAAAUUUGAACCUAAACAAUCAUCUAUGAAGUCCUUCACUUUAACUCCAAAUUCAAAACUGAAAUUGGAUAAAGUUCUGGCAUAUUUCAUUUCUGUUGAUAUGAUGCCUUAUAAUUUGGUAGACAAAGAAGGAUUUAAACUAUUUGUCAACUCUUUAAAUCCUAGUUAUCGACUGCCUAGUCGAACCACAUUGUCUAAUAGAAAAAUUCCAGAUCUAUUCAAAGAAACUAAAAUGAAAGUGGAAAGCAUUUUAUCUAGUACAACAUUUUUAUCUUUGACAACUGAUUGCUGGACAUCUGUAGCACAAAAACCAUUUAUAGCUUUAACUGGACAUUUUAUGGAUAAAAAAACAAUAUGCCUUGGGUGUCAAGAAAUGUCAGACAAUCAUACAGGAGAAAAUUUGGCAGAUGCUAUACAGCUAAUCUUACUAGAGUAUGAUCGAGAAAUAAAUGUUGGUAUUGGAGCGAUAACAACUGAUAAUGGGGCUAAUGUAUUAAAAGCAGUAAAUAAUGUAUCAAUUUCACAUGUUUCUUGUUUUGGACAUAGCUAUAAUAUAGCUAUAAAAAGAGUUUUCAACUUAGAUCAAGUUAAAACUGCUGUUAAUAAAGUUAAGGCAAUUCAGAACAUUUUUGGUUAUAGUUGGACGGCCAUUAGAGAAUUGUCCAUUGAGCAACGACGCUAUGGGUUACCAACUGUGAAAUUUCCAACAUAUUCAAAAACAAGGUGGUGGUCAUUGUUAGACCUAAUAGAAAUAGCCAUAUCUCAAGAAUUAGCAUUAGCAUCAUUUCUAAGAAGUUAUAAAAAUGGCAUUCACAAAGACAAAAUGUAUAAUGAAGAAGAAAUGAUUGUCUUAAAAACAUUAAUACAUGUUUUACAGCCUAUUCGACAAAUUUCAGACAAUCUUGCAGGUGAAACAUUUGUAACAGCAUCGGCAAUUAUACCAGUCAUAAAAAUUGUAGAAAAUAAACUAACAGAAACCGCAACUAAUGAUAAUGAAAUUAAUAUUGAUCAAACAUUGAAAAAAACAGUUCUUCAAACAAUAGUUGAUUUGCUUCAUGUUCGUUACAAUAAUAAUGAUAUUUUAAAAAUUUGUACAGUGCUUGAUCCUAGAUUUAAGUUUGACGUGAUUUCUUUGGAAACUCAUGAUGCAGAAACCUCAGCAAUAAAAACUCUUAUUAAAGAAGAAUGUAUUGAAGCUUGGGAAUAUUGGAUAAAAACUUCAAAUAAUACAUUAAUUAUUGAUUCCGAACCACGAACAAAAAAACAAAAUGUAGGAUUGACCGCAAUAUUUGAUACAUUUAAUCAUACACAAUCUACUGAUAGAGAAAUUUCAUUAUCUGAUGGAAUUGAUAAAGAGAUUGACGCCUAUUUUCAAGUUCCAAAAAUACCAUGCAAUCAAAGCUCUUCGACAUGGUGGUUUUCAAAUGGAAGUAUGUUUCCAAAGCUUCAUAUUAUGGCUAGAAAAUACUUGUGUAUACAAGCUACAAGUGUGCCCAGUGAACGAGUCUUCAGUAGAGCUGGAAAUAUUGUUACGGAUCAUAGAGCAUCAUUAAGUGAUGAACACUGCUCACAACUGAUAUUUUUAUCUAUGAACAAGAAGUUCAUAGAUAAACCGUUUUUUUAA